GGGAUAUCUAGUGCACUCGAUUUGAAUUAGAUGUCUGUUCGGGAUUGACCCGACGAAUCCAUGCGACAGAAAUGGAGCGGAUGAGAUAGUGAAGGAUCCAGGAUUGAAUUAAUCACUAAUCAAGAUGUUUAGGUUUGCUACCAUCUUGAGCAGGUUUGCGUCACUCCCCCUGAACAGGACCGCUCUCCAGGUCCACAGAUCCACAAGCCGGAGUGUGUGGUCCGGGGUUCACGGCGUUAGAUGUUUCUGCCAGCAAGAAAUCCAGACGUCGAACCAGACCGAUAACGACCAGACCAGUCUGAGCCUGCGAGUCCCUGACCUGUCAGCGUUUAAAACGAACGAGACGAGAGCCGGGUUCUACCAGGAGCUGAAGGAGUGCAGGUCGCCUUCGGACAUCCUGGACCUGGUGGACCGGUGCAAGGUGGCGCCCUGGUGCAUCAGCAACAGCUUGACCCGGAUGUGGCACGUUACCAAGAAGAUGCCGGACGAGCGGAGGCACUGGGAGCUCCGGCUCAUGGCCGAGCACCCGACUUUCGAAAAGCUGUGCCACAGCGCCAGGAUGAGCGCGCCACGCAUGAACUGUCACAACCUGGCGUUCACGCUGCUGUCCUUGGUCAAGCUCGGGGUGUCUCAGAGGAGCUACGUGGUGCAGUCCAUACUCCGAGUCAUCCAGGAACGUCUGAACGAGUUUGAGAACGAGAAAGCUCUCUCUGUACUCGCCGCCUGCCUCGCCGAGAUGGAGAGCUGCAAAAACUCAGACGCGCUCAAACAGGGCUUAAAGCUCAUCCUGGAGGAGCGGAUUCCCUCCAUCCAGAGCGUCAUGCUUCUCCACACCACCAUGCGGCUGUUCGGGAAAGACGCCUCGCCGGCCAUUAAACAUAAGCUAGAGAGGAAAGCUCUGUCCAUGGUGGAUCAGUUCACGCUUCUGAAUGUGCAGUACAUGCUGGACACGCUGGCCGUCAUCCGGCUGAACUCCAAACCGCUCCUGGAUGUCUGCAGGAAGAAGCUCGCUGAGAACGUACAUAGCAUUUCCUUCACCAGGCUGAUGGCGGUGCUGAAGUCCUGCAACGACCUCGGCUACAAGAGCUCGCACCUCUUCACGUCCGUCUCCGAGUACUUGGCCAGUACGCUCCCCAUGUGGAGCAACAAACAGGUGCUGCUGUUACUCUUGGAGUUUACGAGACUCCGGUUUCGGCCCGUCGCCCUGAUGGAUGCUUUCGCUGAGAGAAUCGUCCAGAAAGCCGACAUCCUCACGCUCCGGGACCUGCAGGGCGUCCUGAAGUCCUACUCCUUCCUCAACCAUCAUCUGAAGGAAAAUCAGCAGGCGUUUCUGGAGAGCGUGACGCACGUCUUAGAUUCGUAUCUUCCCAGGAUGUCCGGUGCAGACGUCCUGAAAGCCGUCGGCUGCCUCUGUGUGUUCGGACACUUCCCUCGGGCUGCGCUGGAGAAGCUGCUGCGUAACGAUGUUCUGGAUGAUCUUCUAAACAAAGAAAGUCCAUUUUACGCCAGACAUGAGCGAGUGCUCCAGACGUUGGAUCUGUGUUUGCGUCUGGACCGGCACGAUCUCCCCGCCUCCCUCUCAUCCAUACCACGUCUCGAUGGCUCACCUCCUCAGGGCCGGCUCGUGGACCCUGCGCUGCUCAUAACUCUGAAGAACCUGCUUGGAGAGGAUGCAGUGACCGACUCAGUCAUCGAAGAAGGGCACUACUUUAUCGACUUUGUGGCUACGCUGCCUCAGAAAACAACACAAGAGCAAACCAAGAGGUUGGCGCUGCUCUGUGCCUCUCCCACCUCGUUCUGCUUCGGUUCGACACAUCCCAUCGGUGCCAUGGCGAUAAACCUCCGUCAUCUCGAGCUCAUGGGAUAUCACCUGGUCCUGGUGCCGAUGCAGGAGCUAGUCUCUCGGAGCGCCGAGGAGAGGAUCGACCUGCUGAGGAAAUUAAUUUUUCCCGAACAAGAAAACAGUGUCCAAGAAUGUGAAGUGAAAUAAUUAAAAGUGUGUAACUGUGUCACCUUAAAAGUAUUGUUUUUUUCCCGUCUUUCUUUCUUUCUUUCUUUUCCCUGGACAAUCCAGAAUGUUCACCAGGUCGCUCCUCUCACAUUGCUAUAUAUAUUUGUAUGAGUAUUUAUUGUCCCGGAAACGCCAUACAUUUUUGCUUUUUCCCAUAAUAAAAUAAAAGCCAAACUUAUAACAUUAAUAAUAAUGAUGUGAAGCAAAUCUGUUUCAGGGUUCAGUCACUUUGAGCUGCCCUUCUAUAGGGUCGGGACAGACAGGACACCCCCCUGACGGACACCCCUAAUAUUCUAUAGGUUCUGUUGGUGUGAGAAAAGAGAAACAUGGCCACAGAUUUGGGUUUGUCUAUAAAAAUGUUUUUGAGUUCAGUUGCUCUGGAUCAUCAGGACUACAUAUACUGUAACUUGGAUGUGGUGUGUUUUAUGUAAAAGCACAUACUCCUGUCCUGCACCAAGAAAACUGUCAGGUGUAUAAACCUAAGGCAAUUACCACCCCACACGCUUACAUAAGUAAUGGCACCCUGGGGAUAAAAUGAGCAACGAACAGUACACUAGGUGUUAUAAAAGUUGGUGAUGAAUCAGUUCUGCAAGAAAUUAAUAAUCCGCCAGAAUUUAACACUUCUAAGAAAUUAUGACAUUUUAAGUAAAUGCACCAUGCCUGAAUGUUUGUAUCAUUUGUAUGCUGUUUGAAUUCAUUAAAAGAAA